GAUAAAAAAGGAAAAGUGCUAGACUUGGUUUUUUGGUGUUUGGUUUUGGAGGCAAAAUGUUCAAACGAGCAAGAGAUGCAGGAUGCAGGUCUCCUUUGCGGCUUUUAGCUAUCGGCUGGCUUGCUUGACCUCUUCUCGUCUUGUCCAGCUCCACCCUCCACUGCAGCAGCUUGCUUGCCUUUGCUCCACUCCCAUACAGAGUCCAGACGCCCGCCCCGUCGCCGCCGGCACUCAGCUACCAAGCCGCCGUCCCGGACCCUCGAUUUUCCUCGCCGGAGCGGAGCGCCCACCCCUCUUCGCUCGCCUCGGAUCUCGCCCCCGAUUUGCUCCGCCCGCUCAUCCCCAACCACUAUUCUCUCGUCUCGAUCCAGCGCAGGCUACUCGAGAUUCAGCUGCCGCCGCCCUCUGGAUCCGGCCACACAAUCCGCUUCCGCUCCCGCUGCCUCCCCGACCCGACCGCCCAUCUCGCUCAGGCUCCCUCCUAGUCCCUACCCUAGCUGCUAGCUACCACUACCACUACCAUGGCCGCCGGGAGAGGCCACGCGGAGGACAUGCUGGGCUUCAAGGAGGACGACGCCAUGCGCUUCAUCUUCGGCGAAGACAUCAUGGGAAUGGAGGACCACGGCGCCUUCGACAGAUCCCUCAUGGAGCUUCAGGUUUUCAAGGAGGUCUUCUGCGGGGCCGCCCAUAACGUCGCCGCCACCACCCAUCUGCCCACCGAGAUGGACCUUGGAUUCGUCCACACCAGCGCCGCCGCUGCCCACCUCAAGGCCACGGAGACCUCGCCCUCUCCAUUUGUCUCCCAUGCGCAGCAGCAGCAGCCUGCUGCCGCUGCCACUGCUGAUCCACAGCUCACAAUGGAUCGUAGCCAGCCAAACUAUGGACCUCGCCACGACCUUCACCCCCAGGUUCAGGAGCACGCGCACACUCGUGCGCAGCAAAACGGGACCGAGCUGGAUGAUGCUGCGUUCAUGCACAGAUUCAUGGGUUCCUGGCAGCCUGGGGAUAAGCACGCGAUCCAUCUGCUCGGCCUAUCCGAUGACCAACACCCAUUCGUCGGCGCAGAUUUGGAUGUGCACGCGCAAGAUAUUGGAGCUGGGAUGUGCAAUGCUCCCGGGCUGGGCUGCAGCAGCAGCACUAGCGCGGUUGAUGACCCCAUGCCUUCCUUCAUAGAAGCGCUAGCGGAGAUUUCUGAAUUCCAGAGUGCCACUCUCCUUCCAGAUCCCUUUUUGCAUCAGUGGUUCCAGGAGCAGCAGCAAUUCCCUACCAAUGCAUGCUUCUCUUACGAUCAAGGCCAGAUGGAUGACACCACUUAUCCCCUAUGUGCAAGUACAAAGGAUUUCCCUGACAGAGAGCAGCAUCUGUGUUACAGUGAAGAAGCUCAUAGUACUCCAACAAUACCUCAUCAGUCCCAUAUUUGGUUCAGCCCUGGUCAGUUCACCCAGCUCGAUGGCACCACCAUUUGCCAGGAAGGCACGCCUGAUGCGAAUAUUAGUUGCCCGGAUGAAAUUGAUGUUCAUGGAUGCGGCAGCAGCGCGGUACACUUUGGCUCGGCAGCUGCUGUUUCCAAGAAGGCCUUGGGCAGGGAUAUUCCUGACCAGCUGGAAGCACAUGCGCAUCGCCUUUUCAAGGACGCUGGAUGGACUAUUAAGCCACGGAAAAGGAAUGACAGGGCUAAGAUGGCGUCCUACUUCACAGCUCCAAACAAGGAAGCGGUUCAUACCUCACUAACCCAGGCUUGGAAGUUUUGUGGCAAAAAGUUAUAUGAAGCUUCCCCAGAUACAGAAAGGGGAAGGUAUCCAAAGGAGUGGUCAGAUGUUGAUUCGUUUUGGAAGGAUCUCACAGAUGCAAUGACCUAUGUUGAUAGGAUGCUUGCAAACCAGCAAAAUGCACUCACGCUUCUCCAACGUUGGCAGAUUUUGGAUCCUUUUGUAGCUGUUGUGUUCAUCAGUAGGAAAAUCACUGCUCUGCAGCAAUAUAAAACUCUUAGAGCUGUCGACAGUUCAACCUUUGUUCUUGAUGGCAGCUCAGACACAUCAUCGGUAAGUAAGAUCAUGCACAAAGCCAGUGAGCUUUUGACAAGCCGAAUGAUCCGGUUGACUCCACUGAUCACAGACUCUGAUUGCAGCACACUUGCAACUGAGAGCUACAACGGGCAUCAAUCUUUACAGAGCUGUCAUGAUGUAGAAGACAACAACUAUAGGGAUACGGACCCAAAGCUUUCCUGCAAUGAGAGUCUGAAUUACAAUGCAAGUGACGAGACAAAACAUCACAUCGAUGCAAGUAAUGAUGGAAGACAAACUUAUGCUCAACCAAAAACUCUUAAUAGCUCUGUAAAAAUGUCAAGCAAGAAACCGAAAAGAAUAUUUGAUAUUAGUGCAGAUGGACUGGACGAGACCAAUGUAGCAACUAUGGACAUGGCUGACCCAGGAGACACUAAUGCCUUUGAGGAACACAUUAUGUAUUCAGGUGUUAGCACACUAAAAGACGAUAUGAAAGCUGAAACAAAAUCAGAAAAGCUAGAUAAAGAUGAUCAAAGCAGCAAGUGUGACAUGCUCCUCUCUUCAGUGGUCAAGCAACUUAAGGAUUACAGUACAUUCUCAGAUACCCAUUGUACUACAAGGGAGUCACAGUCAGAUGCCACAACAUUCUGCCAUGAUGACAAGGUCUGGAAAAAGAUAGUCCCAUCCCAUGGAGAAUUUUAUGAGGAUUCACAGAGUGAGCCAACAGGAAAUACUGCACCUGUUGAAUUAUCCCAUGAUGUUCUGGGAACUUAUCUAAUCUGUGACUCACAAAUCUGCGAGAGAGGCACUGCCAAAAUGAAAACGAAGGAUUGGUUGAAGUACAUGAAGAAAAGACCUCGCGAGUUGCGGAUCAAUGAUGAGGACCUUUUGAUGACAGCUAUAGUGAAAAACAAGGACCUUGGCACCUGUCACAAAUUUGCUUCAGGUUCUUCAGCCGCAAAGAAGUUUAAGAAGCUGAAGAGCCACAAGAAAGGUAACAAGCUACUUUCUAAAAUUGGGAAAGCUGGCACAAACCUAUUGGGUGGAAAGAGAGUAAGUUUGGCCCGUAAAACUGUAAUCUGCUGGUUGCUUGCGACUGGCUUUCUGAGCGUAAAAGAUGUGAUACAGUACCGGGAUCCAAAAAGUAAUAAAAUUAUAAAGGAUGGGAUGGUUACCUGGGAAGGUAUUGUUUGCAAUUGCUGCAAAAAAAACUUAUCCGUAUCUGAUUUCAUGGCUCAUGCUGGUCGUAGUCACCCACAGUCCUCAUUGGGCCUCUUUCUAGAGUCUGGCAAGUCAUACACUUUGUGCCUGGUUGAGGCUUGGUCUGCUGAAUCUAUGAGCAGGAGAAGCAAUGCAUGGGGUAGAAAAGUUGAGGCAAUAGAUGAAAGUGAUGACACCUGUGGUUUCUGUGGAGAUGGUGGUGAAUUACUUUGCUGUGACAAUUGCCCAUCGACAUAUCAUCAAGCUUGCUUGUCUGCUAAGGAGCUUCCAGAAGGUAGUUGGUACUGCCAUAAUUGCACUUGUCAGGUUUGUGGGGGGCCAUUUAGUGAAAAGGAGGUUUCAACAUUCUCGGCGAUUUUCAAAUGUUUCCAAUGCGGAGAUGCAUAUAUGUUUUCAUUGGCAGACCAUGACACUUGCAUUGAACAAGAGAAGCUACCUCUUGAGGAUCAAAUAUCUCAGACAUGGUUUUGUGGGAAAUACUGUAAAGAGAUAUUCAUAGGGCUGCGUAGUCAUGUCGGGACAGAUAAUAUUCUUGACAGUGACCUUUCAUGGUCCAUACUGAGAUGCAACAAUGACGGGCAGAAGCUACAUUCUGUUCAGAAGAUUGCCUGUUUGGCAGAAUGUAAUAUGAAAUUAGCAGUGGCUCUUACUCUAUUGGAGGAAUGUUUCAUUCGUAUGGUGGAUCCUAGAACUGGUGUGGACAUGAUACCCCAUGUUUUAUACAACAAGGGAUCAAACUUUGCUCGUGUGGAUUAUCAGGGAUUCUAUACUGUAAUCCUGGAGAAAGGUGAUGAAAUAUUAUGUGUGGCUUCUAUCAGAGUACAUGGAACUAAAGCCGCUGAGCUUCCUUUUAUUGCUACUUCUGUAGACUUUCGACGGCAAGGAAUGUGCCGAAUUCUAAUGAGCAUCAUUGAAAAGAUGCUCUGUUCAUUUAAUGUUAAGAUGUUGGUCCUUUCUGCCAUCCCAGAGUUGGUUAGCACAUGGGUGUCAGGAUUUGGCUUCAAACCUAUCGAAGAUGCUGAAAGGAAACAACUUCAUAAUGUAAACUUGAUGUUGUUUCCUGGAACAUCCUUACUAACAAAGAGAUUGGAUGGAUUUAUUAUGGCCACAAAACCAGGCGAGGAAAAGGAUAUACAUGAAGUUUCUGGAGUGCCUAAUCUUAAGCGUAUGCCUAAUGGGAAAGCAAAUGAGCAUUUCAAACUCCAUGACCUUGAUUUGUCCGGGACAGAGUUUAAAGCUGAGGUUUCCGUGAAUGGUCCAUUCAGAACACUGAAACAUGAAUGUGGUUCAGCAGCAUGGUUUCAGUCUACUAAGUUAGCUGUUGGGGAAGUGUGAUAUUCUUACACAAAUUAUCUGGGCUCAUGCUCUGCAUCGAUACUAGCUGCUUUGUGUUGGCCAAUUUCGUCUUCCCACUUCAUGGCUCAAAUUAAUUUGCAGCAGCAAAAUCAUUCGAACACUUGCUGCUGCAUGAACUCAUCCUUUUCAAGUAAAGUUCUCACAAGACUACUGGGAAAUGGUUGGGAUGACGCAGGCAUCCAUGAAUUUGGGUUGAGCAAAGUUGAAGAAACCACAGAUUGGUGUGGUCUGUUCUGCAUCGAGAAAAUGGAAAUUAUAACUGUCUCUCCUGGGUGAAGUGCUCUCCUGAGACUGGGUAAAGUACGCAACACCUGAGUUGAUAUUGCUUGCACGUUGAACAAAGAGGAUGUAUUUGCACUCCAACGUACAAAGUGUAACGCAUUCGGCCCCUUUUCAAAGUAAGCCAUGAUAGGAAUUAAUCUAAGCUGUUUGGUAUAUACAUCAAAAGGGUACUGCAGUAACAUGUUUGGUACCUUCUCUUGCGAGUUUUAUUUUGAUAUAUGUGUUUUAUAUGUGUCUAGAUUAAUCAUCAUCUAUUUAAAUAUAGACAUAAAAAGAAUUAUAUUCUGGAACGGAGUGAGUAUUAUUUUGCCAUAUGUGCUGUUAGGUUGAGGCCCAAAUGGCAAUGCAAUGCAUCUGUCGGCAGUUGAUUUUCCUGAGUGCCAGAUUGGUUUUGUAAUCCUUGCGGCUAUGGAACGAUUGUUCGUCAAGUCCUUAAGUUAUUUUGGUUUGU